AUGACAGAUCGAUUGGUAAAAGAGAUAGAGGGUCAUUUACCUCAUAUUCCGUUAGAAAUAGUUUCACAAGGUGCAGAAGCUUUGGUGUUUCAGACAUCUACUCAUCCCUAUAUUGAUGAUCCAUACCUUAAGAAUCAAAAGAAAUACAUUGUCAAGUUCAGACCUUCCAAACCUUAUAGACAUCCCAUAAUAGAUGCUAGUAUCAAUAAGACUAGAACCAUAGGUGAAGCAAAAUUCAUGACUAAGUUGAAUAAAUUAGGGAUAAACUCUCCAUCUAUAAUUCUGGUAGAUUAUUCCAAAGCUAUAAUUUGGAUGGAAUUCUUAGGAUCAGAAUUAACCAAUGGAGACAUCAGUUCAUUUAAGAAUUGGUUAUGGUAUUUAGAAAGAAAUGAAUCUGAAGCCAAAUGUGUUGAUGAACAAGUAGAGCAAGUGUGUAAAAAAGUUGGUGAACUUAUAGGUAAGUUACAUAUGAAUGAUAUGAUUCAUGGUGAUUUAACUUCUUCAAAUAUAAUAUUACAAGAUUUUGAACCGGCAUUGAUUGAUUUCGGUUUAUCAUCAUAUUCAGGGUUAGCUGAAGAUAAAGCAGUUGACUUGUAUGUUCUUGAAAGAGCUAUUUUAAGUACUCAUUCUGUAUUCUCUGAUACAUAUAAUGGAUGGUUACUUGAAGGUUAUGGAUCAAUUCAUAAACAAUAUUCCAAGCAAGGAGGUACCAAGAAGUAUGCUGAAACCAUUAAAAAACUAGAAGAUGUACGUUUAAGAGGUAGAAAGAGAAGUAUGUUAGGUUAA